UAAUAAUGUCUGCCCAAGAUGGCGGCGCUGCCGUGUGACAUUUGACUGAUUUUAGUGCAACGUUUAUCCUCCACCGAGAGUUUCUUUCCUUGUCGAGGAGCAGUAGCGCACCGUGCAGCGGGACGAUGUUACGGGCCCUGCGGUGCUCGUCCUUCGUGCUGUCCAAGUGUGUGUUACAGCCGGGGCUCUUGACGCUCUCUGCGAAGCGUGGCCUCCCGCCGCUCCCGCUCCUCCGACCUCUGACGCCGGAGAGCAGCAGCUGCUUCACGCGGCGGCGGUGUCGGGAUUCGGACCCGCGGACACAGGACGGUCACGGUAAAGAAAGCCUUGCAGUCCAAGCAGUGAGGCAUUAUGCCCGACCCUCGAGAAGAAAGAAUGUUCCUCCAAGUCAGCUUGAUGAUCUGCCCCCGAUGAUGCUGAAGAAGGACUAUGCAGAAGUACCUCUUAUUAACACAAGUGAUGACCUUGUCAAGAGGCUUCUGUCGCUGGAAUUUGCAUGUCAUCGGGAUAAACUACGUUUAAAAGAGGAUCAACUGGUGGCCAAAGUCAGGCGGGAUGAGCAUGACCGCAGCUCCACUGAAGUGAAGGUGGCCCUCCUGACAGCGCAAAUCCGAAACUAUCAUGAACACUUGCAAACACACCCAAAGGACAAAGCCAACAAGCGACGCAUGUUAAUGGCCAUUGACCGGCGGAAGAAAUACUUGAAGUACCUGCGGUUUACGCGCUACAGCACUUUUGAAUCUGUGUGCCAGAAGCUGGACAUCACGUACACUCUACCACCAGCAUACUAUAGGAGACUCACCAGACGAUGGAGGGCCAAGAAGGCACUCUGCAUGAAGGUGUUUGAGGUGAUUCAGAGGCGAAAAGCGAGAGAGUGGGGGAGGCUGAAGCAGGCUACCCUCUCUGCAACGGGGGAGGCAGAGAAAACAGAGCUGACACAUGAAAAGGCCCAGGGAACUACGGCAUAGGAACCUGUCCCCUAAAUGCUGAAUGAACACUUUCCCUAUGAAACAUCGGUGGUGGAGUAAACAGUAACGCUCAUUCUUCUCUCUUUCUGGUCACUACUUCUAAUUCCUUUGCUCUUGCUGUUCCAGGUUGAAUCCUGUUUAAUAAAAUAAUGGGUACAUCUGUAUUGGACUAGACAUAUGUUUUUACUUCUUUGGUUUUUUGGCUUUGCACUCAUCAGUUGUGUUCAGCAUUCAUUUGUAUCCUGACAUGGAUGCAAGAUGUAAGGUUUGCAUUGGAAAAAAUCUCAACCAAUCUGUGUCAUUGUUACCAAAAAAUAUUAACCUGCACCAGGACCCUUGCUUGUUGUUCUGCAGAUAAAUUCAGUCAAACUCCACAUGGUGGUGUAUACAAAAACUUCACUUGUGUUUUUACCAAUUUUAGGUUUUGUUUUUUUCCCCAAUAGAUUUUUACCAUGUCAGUUACAAACUGCAUUAAAGUUUUUAACUAUA